AUGAGUGUUGACAGAGACAACGGUGGCACAGACUACAUUACACCACUGGGCAAGAUCAGCUUUGAAGACUUCACCAGCCUUCCACGUUAUCCUCGACCUGUGGAGUUCCACGUGUCCAGAAUAGCUCAUGUGACAACUGAACAGGGCAUGGAUGGCAUACUGGGCAGCGGAGGGUUCAAGGGGGGGAGGAGGGACAGUGCCCUCCAGUGGUGGGGUCUUGUGAAUGGUCGAGAGGAGAUCGCUGGGGCAGAGCAGAGGUACCUGGACAGGGAGUUCCCUAAUCGCACUGAAGAGGAGAAGAGGAGACAGAAGAAGAUCUUACGCAAGUUCACCAAGUCUCCUGCGUUCAGGGAUGGGUCUCGCUACGGAAACUUCCGCUUCACCUUAAAACUGGAGGAGGUUCUGCAGGCAUACAGCACUCAGUUCUGUGGUGGGAAGGACCCCACCCUUAGAGUGUGGGAGACUAUUGUGUACAAGCAGGAGAUCAUGUACAGUGUGCUGGUCCACAGUCCUGAUGUUCAUGAUUACGAUAGCUACCCAAAACUAGGUGAUAAUGAGGAGGGAGUGUGUGUUUACCGCAAUGGGGAGAUGAUAUGGUUUGCUCAAGCCAUCUCAGAAAAGCACACAUUAAGGCUGACAGGGGAUAUAUAUGGGAAAGUGGUCAGUACAGAGAAAGUUCGCAUAGGGGUGUUUUACGUGUGGGAUCAUGUGACCCUGGCCUUCCACAUUCCUAAGGGUAAGACGCUGUCUUUCCCUCCGGAAAACCUAAAGAAGGCACUGAAGGCAUGUGGUAAGGGGGACACAGACCUCAAUCCACAGGUUGAUGAGAAGAAUGCAAAGGCUGUAGUUAGAGCAAUGAAGCGCAAACAAACCUGA